AUCUUCCAAUCCGCAGUAGACGCCGGCCGCAUCCCCGGCGUCGCGGCCGUCGCCUACGAUGUCUCGGGCGAAGUCCUCUUCAGCAAAGGCUACGGCCACCGCGUAGCAGGCGACGUGACCUCGGGCCCCAUCACACCGCAGACUCCGCUGAUGCUAUGGUCGUGCACGAAGCUCGUGACGUGCGUUGCGGCGCUGCAGCUGGUUGAGCAAGGGAAGCUGGACCUGUACGCCGCGGCGGAGAAGUACGUCCCCGGUAUCCGCGCCGUGCAGUGUUUGCGCGGCUUUGAGGAGGAUGGGACGCCGAGGCUCGCGAAGCCGGAGAGGACCAUCACGGUACUGAAUCUUUUUACGCAUACCGCGGGGUUUGGGUAUGAUUUUUUCGACCAGAAGUUGAUGGAUUGGCGGACGGCGAGCAAGAAGGCGGCGGGGAGCUCGGAGGGAGUCAAGCCCACUGCGAUGGAGGAGUAUUCGACGCCGCUUUUAUUCGAGCCGGGUACGCGGUGGCAGUAUGGGGUGGGUGUGGAUUGGUUGGGGUUCAUCAUCGAGGCGAUUUCGGGGCUGGGAUUGGCGGAGUACAUUGAGAGGAAUGUGACGGGUCCAUUGGGAUUGAAGACGACGGGGAGGACGUUGACGCCCGAGCAGGAUGGCGAGUUCUUCACGGUGUAUGCCAAAGAUCCGCAGGGGACGCUGGUGCCGACUCCGAUGCGCACGGUAGAUGAUCCGGAUGUCGUGCCUGGCGGACACUUCCUGUACAGCACGACGGAGGAGUACGCGGCAUUCCUGCUCACGCUGCUGAAUCACGGCAAGCAUCCAAAGUCCGGCGUGAGGGUGUUGCAAGAGGAGACGGCGAAGCGAUAUCUGUUCAACGACAUGCUGCCGGAAGUCGGCUGCUCUGCUGACGGCGUGGGCGACAUGUUGGCCUGGACGGUGCCGCGGGUGACGUUGAUGGGCUCCUUCUUGCCGGGCGUGAGCAAGGGCUGGAGUCUCGCCGGACUGGUGAACACUGAGGCGGCACCGAACGGUCGGAGUAAGAAUAGCUUGAUGUGGGCCGGUUUGGGCAACUGCUACUUGUGGGUCGAUCCGACCGCUGGCAAGCUCGGCUUUGUAUCCGCUGCAGUCUUGCCCUUCAUGGACAAGGAUGUCUUGCAUCUUGCGGAUGCUUUGGAGAGAGCUGUGUAUGGCAAU